GCAACAUUUUUCAUCGUCUUGUUGAACAAGUGAGCAACGCUUUUUACGCGCUUUCGCAAGUCUUAAAAGUCGGCAACAUGGAGAAACGGAUUGAGCUAGAAAAGAGAGGCAGAAGCCCUGCUGUGAUCAAAGAACUGAAUUUGGACAACUGUCGGAGUACACAAAUUGUCGGUUUAACCGAUGAAUUUGUUAAUUUGGAGACUUUGAGUCUCAUUAAUGUUGGCAUUAUCAGUCUUAAAGGUUUUCCUAAAUUGCCAAAUCUUAAAAAAUUGGAAUUGAGUGACAACAGGAUUUCUGGUGGCUUAAAUUGGUUACAUGGAAGUCCAAAACUCACACAUCUUAACCUCAGUGGUAACAAAAUAAAAGAUAUUGAAACAUUAAAGCCAUUGGAAGAAUUCAAAAAUUUAAAAAAUUUGGAUUUAUUCAACUGUGAAGUUACAAAUGUGGAAAAUUACAGAGAUGAGGUUUUUCGACUCAUCAGCAGUUUAAAAUAUCUUGAUGGCUAUGACAGAGAAGACAAAGAGGCAGAAGAUUCAGAAAAUGAUGAUGACGAAGGUAAUGAUGAUGAUGACGAUGAAAAUGAUGCUCAUGAAGAUGGUGAAAGUGAAGAUGAAGAUGAAGAAGAGGGUGAAGAUGAACAAGAUGAUGAUGAUGAUGUAAAUGUUGACGAUGAAGAGGAAGAUGAUGAUGAUUUAGAUGAUGAGGAUGGGGAAGAAGAUGAGGAUAGUGAAGGAAAUGAAUUUAAUGCAGAAGGAGAUGAGUAUGAAGAGGAGGGUGAAGGUCCUCAUGGCCAGAAGAGGAAAAGAGAUGGUGAUGACGACGAUGAAGAUUAA